AUGAUUCCUCUUAAAGGUCUGGAGAACAGGCAGGUGAUUCAGAUCGCAUGUGGAGACCAGCAUUCAAUGGCGCUAACCAACGAUGGUCAGUUGUUUGUUUGGGGCGAGAACGCUCUUGGUCAGCUGGGUUUGAGGAAAGAGCAGGCCGGCACUCAGUCUCCUCGACACCUCCAGAGUCUGUGUGGGAUCCCAGUGGCUCAGAUCAGCGCUGGAGGAAACCACAGCUUUGUGUUGUCUCUGUCAGGAGUCGUGUUUGGGUGGGGGGGCAACUCUGCUGGACAGCUGGGUCUCGGAGACACUACAGACAGAUUCGUCCCAACAGUUGUAAAUAGUCUUAAACGAAAGAAGAUUGUGUCCAUCUCAUGUGGAGGAGAACACACUGCAGCUCUAGCAAAGGGAGGAACAGUGUUCACAUUUGGAUCAGGAGGUUUCGGUCAGCUUGGGCACAACUCAUUUAAAGAUGAACAUCAUCCACGACUGGUUGCUGAACUGUGGGGAUCUAAAGUGUCACAGGUCACAUGUGGGAGAAAUCACACACUUGUAUCGACUGCAUCACCAAAGCUGAUCUACUCAUUUGGAUGUGGGAUGCAAGGGCAGCUGGGAAAUGGAGAACAGGUCAAGCAGUCUGUGCCGUUACCAGUAGACCAGCCAACUGAAUAUAAUGACGAAUAUACAAUUCAAAAACUUGUCGCGGGGGAGAAUCAUUCGUUUGCCUUGUAUUUCAAAGAACUUGGAAAUGAGGCUAAUCCAGAUCCAACCAGAGGGAUUAUGACAUUUGAUAACGGAAUGAUUGAACAAUGCGAGUGUGGAAAAGAUCCACGGAAAGCGAUAAAGGACUUGAAAAAAGUGUUCUCCUCUGCUGCAUCUCUAAAUGGAAGUUUUCUCAAAACAAGGCAUGAUGGUCAUUAUCAGACGUCUGAAGAGUAUUGUGGUUUGGAUUUUGGUCUGGUUGAAUCUUCCAUUGCAACUUUAUCAAGGAAUGAAAGGCUUAUCUCAACGGUUUUGAAAGUGCUCCAAGAGUCACUGUUGCCAACUCUAAAUCCAAAUCCAACUGGUGAGGAAUCACUGAGACUCUAUAUUCUCCUGCCUGAGCUGAUCAGCCAUCUCAAGAGUGAACAAAAAGCAGAACUUACUGAAGCUCUGGCCUCCAAAAUACUUAAUCUAAGUCCUGCUGCUCUGAGAGUGUUAGAGAUCUACUGGUCCAAACUCCCUGAUGACUGGCUUAAAAACUUGGUUAAGUUAUUCAAAAAGGCAUCAGCUAAAUUCUUUGGGAGGAUCAUUGUCGAGAACGUGAACAAUGUGGCUAAAACACACAUGCUAAAAUUUGUGGAGAUUCUUCAAAGGGUCUAUCAGGUCUGCUGCAGCGCCAACAGAAAUAUCAAGAAGAGGUAUUUCAUCAUUCAUGAGGUCAACAAUCUCCUAGAUGUGCUACAAACUAUGAAUGCAGAUGUUAAUAACAACUGGCCUUGGUUUAACCUUACUGGACAAAUCCAUGCCCUGGAGGCACAACGAAAUGCGUAUGAAGAAACUUUUAGAAAGCUGACAUCAUUUCCAUGCAUCUUUAAUCUGGAGGCCAAAUGUAGCUAUAUGAGGAACAGAGUAUGGAAGGGUCGUUUUGAGCUGACUGUGAGACGCACAGCACUGCUAGAGGAUUGUUUAUGUCUACUAAACCCAGGCACCCAACAGCAUCUCAGAGAUAAAUGGCUGUCGAUUCUUUUCACUGAGAACGUGAGCAAAAGAACAGACGUCCACAAGAGGGACUUCUUUCUCAACGUGUUUAAGGAGCUUUGUGAUCCAGCUUCUCAGCUCUUCAUGUAUAACGACAACGAAACUAUGAUCUGGUUCCCCGCGAAGCUCACCGUGGAGAAGAAGAAGUACUUCCUGUUUGGGAUUCUGUGUGGCUUGGCCUUCAACAACAGCUCUGUAGUCAAUCUGCCUUUCCCUUUAGCCCUGUUCAAGAAACUUCUCAACAUCAAACCAUCUCUGGAAGAUUUUAUAGAGUUUAAUCCAGUCCAUGGCAGGAGUUUACAGUACAUCCUAGAGUACAGUAAUGAUGUUCUGGAGGAAUCGUCCUUGCCCUUAACGAUAAUAUGGAGUGGAUCAGAGCUGGACCUGGACCCUGCUGAGCCAGAACAGCACAUCACGACUUCUAACAGAACUAAGUUUGUGGAUGAAUAUGUGGAUCACAUCUUCAAUCAAUCAGUGAAGGAGGCGUUUGAAGAAUUUAGAAGAGGCUUCUUUAGAGGAUGUGAGAAACGCUUGGUGGAGAUGUUUGAACCAGAAGAACUGAGGGGGGUGCUGGUGGGCAAUGAGGAAUAUGACUGGAAUAUACUCAAGCAGAACACUACAUAUGAAGGCGUAUUUAAUGCGGAUCAUCCAGUCAUAAUCUCUUUCUGGGAGGUGUUUGAUGAUCUGACACCAAAUGAGAAGAAGUCCUUCUUGUUGUUUUUGACGGGGUUUGAGAGAGUGCCUAUUCUGGGCAUGAGCGCGGUGAAGAUGAGAGUGACACAUUUGGCUAACUCAACUGAGGAUCAUCUGCCAGAGACUCUCACCUGCCAUUCUCUUCUGCAGCUUCCUAAAUAUGAGAAAAGGGAAACCCUCAGAGCCAAAGUUAUUGAGGCCAUCAGCCACAAGAGGGGGUUCUGGGAAGAAUGAGGCGGAUGAUGCUCGUCUGAGGCACGUGUAGUCAAUGAUCUGAUGACUUGAUUCUGAAAAUGUCUUAAUAGUAAAAAUUACUUUAAUUAAUAUUCAGUUGAAGUUAGAAUUAUUAUCCCUCCUGAAUUAUUAGGCCCCCUGUACUGUAUAUAUAUUUUCUUCAACGGAGAGCAGAUCUUUUUAACAAAUAUCUUAACAUAAUAGUUUUAAUAACUCAUCUCUAAUAACUGAUUUAUUUUAUCUUUGCCAUGAUGACAGUAAAUAAU